GGCUCAAGCUGACUCCAGACGAAAAAUAGUUUGGGAGUAGUUAGAACGCUAAUCACAGCUCUUAAAAACUCCAUUAGGAAGGGUCUUCUCCUACUAGUAGCAGGCAGGGUAGGUUAUCUCUCGGCUCUAGCUAGCGUCUAACAAAAAAUAAUGCCGUCAAUUUCCUACAUUAGCUAGCUAUGUUCCCUCUAUCUUUCUCUCAUCAGCGCGCCAUCAAUCCCUAAUCAACCUUCGAGCUUCCGGCCGGCAAUGGGGCACCAGCCCCAGCUCUUCAACGACCCUUUCGCCAGCAGCAUCUCCUCGCUUGAGGCGGACAUCUUCACCGGCGCGGGUGGCCACCAGCAAUGGCCGGAACUCGACCUCGACCUCGACGGCAUCCCGGUGGCCCUGACAGCAACCAACGCUGGCACCUCCUCGGGCGGCUACGGCUCCGCCGGCGGCGAUGGCCCAGGCUCACACCGCAAGAUCAGCCACAACGCGUACGAGCGCGACCGCCGCAAACAGCUCAACGGGCUCUACUCUUCCCUCCGCUCCCUCCUCCCGGACACCGAUCACACCAAGAAGCUGAGCAUUCCGAUCACGGUGACGAAGGCGCUCAAGUACAUUCCGGAGCUGCAGAAGCAGGUGGAUGGUCUGGAAAAGAAGAAGGAACAGCUGACCCGGGCGAACUGCAAGCCGGGAGUUCUCAGCAUCAGGGAGAACGCGGCCCCGAUCGUCUCCGCCACCUGCAUCGACGAAACGGACGUCAUGGUCCAGGUCAGCCUGCUGAGCAACACGGCCGGAGCUCUGCCCAUGUCCAAGUGCAUCAAAGUGCUGGAGAACGAAGGGCUUCGCGUUGUCAGCUCGUCCACCUCCGCGUUUCAGAACAAGACGUUCUAUAGCCUCCAUCUUCAGGUACACAUCUGUCAUUUUCACUUGACGCUGCCACCUAUGUUUACUUGUUCUUAGCAAAU